UCCUUUCAUGCCGAUCAAAGCCUCGUGGGCUCUCUUCGUUUUCCCAUCGUCGCUUCGCAGACAUGUCGCCUCUGCACUCGACUGUUGGCCACCAUGAUCCAAUGCUCUUACUGCGACAAAAGAUUGCGCACUCGCGAAGGAUGGAUCAUGCAUUGUCAGGCAAAGAAGGACCACGAAUUCUGUGCGGACUGCACUAUCCUCUUCUCCGAUAGGGCUUCGCUUUGCUCUCAUCUAUGUGCAUCCCAUCAUAGCCGUUAUUGUUCUCUCUGCGAUCGUCUGUUCAGCAGCGACUGGGCCUGUCAACAGCACAGAUCUUCCCGAGCUCACAAAACAUCCGAUAUCCCCUGCGCGAUGUGCUCGAGGAUGUUCAAAGCGCCCUCUGAGAUCGCUGCGCACGUCGAAUCAGGCGGAUGCAAUCCCAACAUCAACCGACACCACGUUAGCGCCGCCAUCCAUGCCAUCGAUAUCUCGCCCCCCAUCACCAUCGCUCGCCGUAUCGAGAGCCCAGCGAGUCCUGUUGUCCAUUUUUCGGCGUCGGAAAUGGCUUUCAACGGAAAGGCAUACGAAUGCUAUAUCUGCCAUGGCACGUUCACCAAGCUCCAGUUCCUCAAUUUACACCUCAACUCUCCGGUGCAUGAUGCCGACGAGUUCAAAUGUCCAAAGAGAAAGUGUGGAAAAAAGUUCAAGCUCAUUUCAUCGCUCAUCCAGCACAUUGAGAGCGAAUCUUGUGGCGUCGCGAGAUUUGCUACUGUGCAGAUGGAAGCGAUACUCCUGACGGGCCAGUUUGCGCGGUUGGUGUUGGGAUAAGGAAGUGUGUUUUCCUCUUGCACUAUACAUUUUACAAGAACGUUUCUGGAAGACCGCAGUGCACUGUUGAUUGACUUCCUGUUGUACUGUUAGUCGACCAAU